CUGCACUUUUAAUGCUAUUGUCAGUUAAUUAGUUUGCUUUUGGGGACUGGAAUGGUCAUCAGGGAGAAGUUCGUGCUUGUUAUUUGCAUCCAUUUGGACAGCCUAAUAGUGAGGAUUUGGUCCAGGAAUGUGACAAUGCACAUGCGUUUGGAUCUAAUGAUUUAAAAGAACUGUCUUUUUUAUUUGUGAAAGUAGGCUACAAUUUGGAGAGGGAUAGGGCUGCGAGCGUUUGUGCGCUUCAGCGGCAGAAUUCACGCACUAGUGGCCAGUGAAGUUUCCAUCAUGGGAGCGCAUGGUUGGUUUCCAGCAUUCUAUGGGGUUAUAGUCUGUGGAUAUCUGGCGUUUUUCUCGGGGGUCAUUUUUCCACAAGCAGAAGCGGGGUGCGGGGAGAGAGAAAGCCCAAACUGUUGUACCGGGAGAAAAAAUGAAUGCUUUGAGUACACGAAGCGUAAAACAGUGUGCUACUGUGAUACCUACUGUCAGAAAACAGGAGACUGCUGCGAGGACUACAAGCCUGUGUGUCAAAUAUCUGUAGCCAUUGACUGUGUGGUGGGGCCGUGGGGUCCGUGGUCCCCCUGUACCUCACCGUGUGGGGUGGGGAGCACUGAGAGGAGUCGCCUAGUAACCAUACCUCCUAGAAAUGGAGGCACACCCUGCCCAGACCUCAAACAACGCCGGGGAUGCUUCGGACACAAUGCCAUAUGCAUCUCCGCUAAAGAGGUGGCCAAAAUCCUGCCUGACUCGUUCAAGAGGAACUUUAAGGACCCCUGGAGACGACCACACAUGCUGAUGAAGGAAGAGAAGCCCAGUUACUGUGUGUACCUGCGUGUGAAGCAGGCCAGUGCAGCGUGCAGACUCAACCUCUGGAGUGCCCAGCUGGUCAGAGAGAGACUGGUCUGCUCUGAGUGCCAGAGUGAAGCCAUGGCAACAACAGACCACUGCGGUGGAGAUGGACUACAGAGCACUAGAACAUUCUGGACGGCAGCGUCGGUUCCAGGUUGUCACGGCUCCUGGGUGAGGGAGUCUUCUUCUGAAGAUUGCCGGUGUCCCCCCUACUCAGUCCUGUUUGUGUGACCUGCCACCGCCACUCACAGGGACAUGGGCAAGAUUUAAAUUCUCCUCAUAUCCUUCUAAAAACCAAUUGGAUGAGAAGGUCCCUCCCCUCUGACCUUCUCCUUUAAAAGGUUUUGAGAAGGAGGAGAGAAGAGAGGACGCGAGGUGUAUGCAAUUGAGAUCUUCCCAUGGUAGCUCCCAACAGCUCCAGCUCAGCCAACCCGGACCCCUUCACUUCAGGCUAUGGGAGGGGGUCUCUAGGAGAUCAGCAGUGUCCUGCCACUUUUCACUCUCACCUCAUUUACUGCAUACACUCUUUCAAAUAAGCACUCAGAAACACACACACAUAUACCUAUGUGCUACUACUACAGCCACAAUAAUUGUUACUUUUUUUCUCCUCCAAAGCACAACAAUGUCUAUAUGCCUUUUUACCUCUGAAACUUUGCUAUCUACCUCCAUAAAUGCAACUGCAUUUGAUUAUGCAUAAUGUAUAAAUAUAUGAUUUUCUUUUAUACAUUUUCUACCUUUUUAUGUUUGUGUGUGUACUUUAUGUGUGUCUACAUGCUUUUUUGUGGCCCCACCAGACAACACACAUUUCUUGGGGGCCACAACCCAGUCUUAAGCUAUUCUCAAAUGAAUAAUCACUUCAGCUCCCCAGUGAGUUCAGGGUCCCUUCUAGCUCUGGUCCAGGUCUUUAGUGCGCCUUCCUCUACUAACAGAGGCAAAUUGUUGUUGUCUUCAAGCAAUGGGACCAGAGCUAGGUCCCUUACAACCCACCGUUUGGUGUAGCCCAACUGUUUCUGCCAUUCAACAAUAAUGCACUGUCGCCUUCCCUUUACAGGCAAUACAAUGACCAGUUUGCUAAAGCUGAAACAGAAUGGCGGCAAGGUUAGAAACACAGCUCUACCCAAAGUGUAACCCUGACUGGGACAUAAUCAUUUUAUCCUUCAACAUUAGUCCCUCAUAGUCAUGUCCCCACGGUCACUCUUUUUUUUAUUGUUUUCUAUACACAACUAAAAAUCAAGCGUUUAACAAUGAUUAUCAUAGUAUCAUAUCAUUUAAUUUUCCUCCACUCCAUGGUCAGUGCAGUUGGUCCCAGCAGACCUCUUUUGUAUGUUGCAAUUCUCUAAUUUGCUCCUUUCCCUAUGCCCUCUUUGACCUGCUCUCAUGAUAAACACACUGGUAAAAUGAGGUGUAAGGCUAUGCUGAUAACUCCACCUAGCCUUCUAAAGGACUAUAAAGACUUUCCUAUGUUGAUUAUUUAAUCCUCCUCGAUCUGAGGGUGAGUCAGCAAGUGAAGAAAAAGGGGAAUACAUCAGGCUAGAGUGAACAUAUUUGGUUACAUCAUCAUAACUGGUGAGCAAGUACAGUACAUGAGCUAUUUGAACUUACUUUAGGGUUAGGGCUUUAAAGAUUAAUAUCACAUUUGUGAUGAGAACAUCACACUGCCAUCAUUUCUCUUAUUGCUCAUCAAUCGGACUCAGGCCAUGGGUUUUUCCCACCUCCGAUGCUCUCAGAUAGACAGAUGUGUCCUUUUGAACUCCUCAUCUUCUCCUCCGUUCCUCGCUCCACUCCUCUCCUCAAGCUGCGACCGUCUUUAACAGGUAUCACAGAUGAAUCAUGUUAGUCCACAUUCCAGACCAGAGAGCUACGGUCAGUCAGUCCACCCACUCCCCCACCUUUGGCUCUGUUUGGAAAACGAAUCCUCUCUUCCUCUCUUCCUCCCUUCCUCCCCUUCCUUGAAGUAAGCACAUAGAUCUGGGUCUAUGUUCAUAAAGCGCCUCAGUAAGAGUGCUGAUCUAGGAUCAGGUCCCCCCUGUUCAUGUAAUAUUAUUCAUUAUAAUCUAAAACGCAAAACCGAUCCUAGAGCAGCAUUCCUACUUUGAGACGUUUUAUGAAAACGAAUGACAAAGUUUGACUGGUGAAUAACCUUGCUUUCACCCACUCAAUUACAUCGCAGAUCAAUGAUUACAAGGAAGCGAGAAGACGGAUAUGGUUUCAUAAUAUUUUAACAGAAUCUUUCGCUGUGGACCUAACCCCUUCUGUAUGUCCUCUGUAUCUGUAAAUGUUUAUUUAUUUUUAAAGAACUGAUCAUAGUAGUGCAGCGCUGCAUACUCUUGUACACUGUCCAUCGGAAAAUAAACAAAU